GGCCCGACUCACAGAUUUUUCAAUUGGAAGGAGGCUGCUGCUUUAGGAAGCUGUCUCUCUAGGACUAUAACGAAAGCAAGCGGCGCCUGUAUUGCAGCCUAUUGCCUUCUCCUGAUUACUCUCGGAUCAUUUUCUUCCACUGGUAAGUUGCAAAGCAGCUACAAUUUAUUUUUACAUUACGAUCUAUUGAUAAUAUUCUUAAUCGUUGGAUUAACUGAAGAAGUGACAUCGGCAAGGGUGCUGUCCGAUCUGCUUUCUCGCCCCUCGCUGCUUUCCUCGAGUAACGGUAGGUUUUAUGAUAUAGUCUCAAGUCAAAUGUUGCUUCAGUAUGCAUCUCAUAGAUCAUUGCAACUUGUUUGUAAAAGUUGUGCUUUGUUGUACAAGUUGUGCUUUGUUGUACAAGUUGUGCUUUGUUGUACAAGUUGUGCUUUGUUGUACAAAUUAUGCUUUGUUGUACAAGUUGUGCUUUGCUCUAAAGCAAGGUUAAAAUGGACAUCCAUCUCAUAGAUCAUUGCAACUUGUUUGUACAGGUUGUGCUUUGUUGUACAAGUUGUGCUUUGUUGUACAAAUUAUGCUUUGUUGUACAAAUUAUUCUUUGUUGUACAAGUUGUGCUUUGCUCUAAAGCAUAGUUAAAAUGGGCAUCCAUCUCAUAGAUCAUUGCCACUUGUUUGUACAAAUUGUGCUUUGUUGUACAAGUUGUGCUUUGUUGUACAAAUUAUGCUUUGUUAUACAAAUUAUUCUUUGUUGUACAAGUUGUGCUUUGCUCUAAAGCUCUAGUGUUAACCCUCAAAAAUGAAGAUGAGGCCAGGGAAGUCAAUUCUUUUGUAUCUGAGAAUACCGAGAUAAAUUUGUAUUUUACAUGACUAUUGCUAUGAAUUAAGUGAUUUUACUUGGUGGCUUUGUCUGAGCGUGAGUCGCCUUUGGGCAGAACGCAUUGAUGAAAUUUUUGAAAAGAUAUUGCGAAGCGGAAAUAUCCAGUUUCCCAGAAAUUAAGGAACCAACGCUGAGGCCUUUGUUUGUUGUACAAAUUGUGCUUUGUUGUACAAGUUGUGCUUUGUUGUACAAAUUAUGCUUUGUUAUACAAAUUAUUCUUUGUUGUACAAGUUGUGCUUUGCUCUAAAGCUCUAGUGUUAACCCUCAAAAAUGAAGAUGAGGCCAGGGAAGUAAAUUCUUUCGUAUCUGAGAAUACCGAGAUAAAUUUGUAUUUUACAUGACUAUUGCUAUGAAUUAAGUGAUUUUACUCGGUGGCUUUGUCUGAGCGUGAGUCGCCUUUGGGCAGAACGCAUUGAUUAAAUUUUUGAAAAGAUAUUGCGAAGCGGAAAUAUCCAGUUUCCCAGAAAUUAAGGAACCAACGCUGAGGCCUUUUGAAGUCUGAGGCAAGGUAUCUCAGGUGAAUUGACAAGAUAUACGCUCUUUGUCGGUUUUAAUUUAAGCAUACAGGACCAAUCUCACAAGUAUGUUUUCUAAGAUGACAUUAGUAGCUACUAAUACGAGUUAGAAGUAAAUUACCUCACUAAAGUUAGCUGGCUUUGUCUGACCCGUGGUUGUGUAAAACCAGCGGCUCCCUUUGCAAUGACGAAAUUGCUCGGCGACUCUCUUCGCUUCGUUAAAUAUUAUAUCUGCAUGCGCGUUGGAUAAAAAGUUCCCCGAAAUCCCAAAAUAUCUCUGCUCUUUGGCCUCGUCACACUUCCAUUCCCCUGCAAUGUCAGCUCAACAAUAUUGGUUCAAAAACAUCGUUUUCUCGUCAAUAUACCAUGGUGGAAAUGUAAGGCUCUCUAAUUAACAAAUAGAGAAGCCUUGACUGUGCUCUGUUCUGUUGUAACGCACUUAGGAAGCGGCUAGAGCACGAAAGAAGUGUAGGGGGAAACACGAGACGUAGUCGAGUGUUUCUCCCUACUUCUUGAGUGCUCUAGCCGCUUCCUAAGUGCGUUACAACAGAACAGAGCACAGUCAAGGCUUCUCUAUUUGUUUUAUAAUAAAGAAUCCGUUAAAUUCCCCAAGAAUUACUUUCAAUUUUCAAAACAAAUCUUAUUUCCAAAGCGAACAGCAGUGUCGUCAGCAUGCUCUAUACUCUCAUAAAGCACGCUACAAUAAGCCAAUCAGAAUUCCUGUUAGAAUGGUUCAAAUAAUCUGAUUGGCUGUACAAGACUAAAGCUGUCAAAAAUGUCAAACCAUCAAAGUUCAUAAACCAUCAAAGUUCAUAUUCUGCAAUAGUUUACAAACUAAAAUAGCUCGGCAUUUCGAAUUUAACACUUUUGCCUGAAGUUUUUUAGUUUCUAAUACAGGAUCUGAAAGUGAAAUGUUCAGUGAAAUUCGGCCCAAUCGUGGCUCACAAAAAUACGCAAGUUAUUUCACAUUACAAGUAGAAAACAAACUGUUCAAGGCGAGUGUAUUAUGAAUGAACAACAGCCGAAUUCACUAAGACAAAAAGAUCGCUCGGAAUGACAGCGCCGUAAAACUCGGUUGCAGUGACUGAUCUGGCCUUCCACUUAACGCAUCGGAAAGGUAAUCAGGACAAGCUCUUCUUUUUUCACUCGAAGGGUAGUCGAUUUAGUUCCUGAGGCUUGCUCCACUGCGAUGACCGAAGAUCGCCAUGAUUAGCUAGCCGCGAUAGACCUUAAGUCUUUGACACCGUCAUGAUUAGUAUGAAUUUUAACAGUUAUGCCAGGUUAUAUUUUUCACAAUUCCUGUUUUUUUCUAGUUGAAAUCGAAACUCUAUAUACUAAACAAGUGUUAGCUGUGUUUGAUUUUUAUUACCGUACGUAAACUCGCAAUCUAACUGAGCGUGAAAACCGUUAAAAAAACUCGGACUGUCUAUCUUGUUUUAUCUUUGAGGAUUUUUGUCUCUGCUCACGUUACAGUAACGUAAAUUACUGCGCCUGGCAUUUUUGCAAACCUUUGCUUGCUUGUUCCGAAAUUUCACUUUUAGUAACGAAAGAAAAGCUAGAAAGAAGUCCCGGAAAAGGUCGGACAUAGUACGAUUUGGCAGAUGGCGUGACAGCUUUAGCUCAGUUCUAUGCUCUAUACUCUCAUAGAGCACGCUCUUUCAACCAAUGACAGUACGUGUUAUAUCCGAGCUUUAUUAUAAACUCUCAUAGAGCACGCUCUUUCAACCAAUGACAGAACGUGUUAUAUCCGAGCUUUAUUAUAAACUCUCAUAGAGCACGCUCUUUCAACCAAUGACAGUACGUGUUAUAUCCGAGCUUUAUUAUAAUAUAAAAUAAAACCUAACAAGUAAAGUUUACUUAUUCCUUCAAGUUUAUCAUCACACGAGCUUCGUUAUAGUAAGAAUGGGCUCUAUCACUGUAUACACAGUUUACGCAGUGAGUACUUCCAGCUUGAUAUGUGUCAGAUUGCUGUUGGUCCCCACUUUUUCAAGAAAAGGCAAAGCGUGUGGCUUCGGUCGCGCUGUUGCGUAUGAUGCGAGGUAAUUAUAAUUCAAUCUAGAGGCAAUUUUCGCUCCGAUCGCGGUUUCCUGCGAAUUUCAGUAAAUUGCAGGGUACUCCCUGUCGACCCAAAUUUUUGACUCAAACUUUGCCCAUUAAACUACCUUCGGUAGAAAGAAAAUAAAACCACAUCGGUUUCUGGGAAUACGUUAAAAAUUUUUUUUGAGAGCUCGCAAUAAUCAAAGCCGCAAAAGGUUCUUUUUUGACCUCUUGCGACAUCGAAAAGUUCAAAAGUUUACAAGCUCGCUCCCCGAUACGCACAACAUGCAGUAAGAAAUCGUUUGUAUUCCUACAUUGUGUGAUAUAAGGGGUUUGGAAAGCAUUUCAAUUUUGAUAUGAGUUUGUCAGUCCGAGGUUCGCCAUAAUUUAUUUAAAAGCACCCGUUAGACAGCUUUCUGAAAUUGGACAAAAGUGCUCUUUCUUUCUUGGAUGAUAUUUCUCAAGUCCAGACCAGACCAUUGAAAACUCUGGUUGAUUUCUUCUAAUGAGAUGUUGGAAAGCAUAGAAAUGUAAAAACAUCUUGCGUUUAUUUAUUCCUUUCGCCUUAGUGACUUCAAACUUAUGGUGCGAGUGAUUUUGCUAUCGUGACAGCAGAAUCAUGCAAAUUAGUUUGCUGAGCAAACUCCAACUUAUAUUGGUAGCUUGAUAAAUCUAAGAUUUUAACCAUUUUAAAGAGAAAAGAUAGUAGGGCAGAGCUUUUAGAAUACACUGAUUGAUUCUUUAAACAUUUUAAACGGCUAAAUUCUGGCAAAUGAUUCUUUCUCGUGACGAAAAAGGUGAACAAAACGUAUCAAAUAUCAUAUUGAUUAGCUUUCGAUCAACGUGUUAAUGAGAAACUUUUUUUGAAAAAAAUUGGUUUCUGUUCUUUAAUGUUUGAAUUUAGAGAGCUUAAUCUAUUCAAACCUGUAUGAACAUUUUAGAACCAAACUACAGGAUUUUAGUAAACGUAACCGGCGAUAACAGCAUUACGACUACAAGCAGUCCCUCCUUUUCGGCGAAGUCCGUGGCGCAGGUCGGAAAAAAAUCAAUGAAGAAAAAAUUUAUAUAAGUGCAUCAUUCCAGGAGCUACCAGCGGCGCGCUAAAAUCAUUUCUUUUUUCCUUUUUUUCAAUUUUUUUUUAAGCUCUCUUAUGACUCGCACGACGGACUUUACCCAAAAGGAGGGACUGCAUGUAAUCUAUAAAAGCACAUACUGAAAUUCACCGUGACCGGUGACUUAGUCACGUAAUUUUUCCAUCUAAAUGAGGCAGCAACAAUGUAAAUUUUUUGCUCAGAAUUCUAGCCUUAGGGAAGAUGUUGUUGUUCAUCGUGGUUACAUCAAAUAAAUGAAAGUUUUAAAAUCGUUUGUUUCACGAUGUAGAAACAAGUACAAUUGUAAUGACUUUUCGACUGCUAUUUCAAAGUUCCUCAGGCGACGAGGUCGAAAGGUUACGUGUCGCUAUUUAAAGUGCUCGGGUGUGUUUUGGCGCACAGUCAUAAGUGGAUAGGUUGCUAUAUUUUUUCAAUUUUUUUUCCAUUUUUGGCUGUGAUUUUCUAGAAAUUACAGCCAAAUAACGUGGCAUUAUAGACUUUCGUAGACUAAAUCUUGGCGGUUUGGUGAUCUGUCAUUUGUACCUCCAAGCCAGUUUGGAGGCGGCCCGCUAAUUUCAGUGCAGGCUUAUAAUUUAACUAUAGGCACGCUUUCAAAUUCUUUUAGGUGAAUUUUGAACAUUUUUUUAAAAUAAUCAACCAACGAACAAUCCAAAAAGCGAACGUUCAGAAUCACCCACGCCACCUGAUAUUCAUGAGUCAUUGAUGAUUCAUACGAGUUAUUGAGGGCAUAUCUGAUAUAAGCCGUAGGGUUUGUUCAGGCCUCCUGACCUAUUACUUUGUAUUUUAACUGACUUUUCUAUGUCAAGUUUUUGGUGGUAAAUAAUCACGGAUUUGGACUUGGAGGUGGCUCGAAAAAUACUUCAAAAUGUACAUGAAAUCAAAAAUUAAAAUUGUUUAGUAAAUAUUUCCAACCUUUCUGAAUGAUUCUUUCAUAAAACAGUUGAGGUUGUUCAAGAUCCUUUCCGAAAACAAGCCGAAGAAAUGCUCGUAAUACACAUGUAGCAGCAGAGGAGUGUCCAUCAAAACAAAAAAGCUCUCUUCAUGUGCUGAUUUCUUUCAUUUCUUAUCUUUAAGAGAAAAUGGACAUCCCAGCUUAUACAUCACCCACUUUGUGCCUUGGUCGGACAUUUGAUUUGGAAACUUCGAGAGCAUGCGCGGAUGUCUUCCCAUCGAGCAGUGAUUUACCAAUUAAGUCUAUAGAUUCCAACAAGUUUUCCUUCAAAUACCAAGUGGUUAAAAGCAGCAAAGACGUCAAUGACUUACUGGACGUAUCUGGUGAAUUAUCACUAAAAAUCAAAGCCAAUCUGCUGAAAGUGGAAGGGGCAGGGCAGUAUAUAAAUGAGAGCAAGUUAGAAGAGGGAACAACUAGUCUUCUGGCUGUGAUGAAAUGUACUACGGUAGGUAUGUUUGCUGAAGAAUCGCAAAAGGCUGCAUUUGUGAACCAAAUUAAACAUAAAAGGGCGGAUGUCAAGUUUUGGAAUACAGUAGAACGCCCCUUAACUCGAACCUCUGAGUGAAACGAAAUUGAUGUUGAAUUUCAAUUAUCCUGUUAACAAUCAAUAAGGAAUCAUGUUUUUACCAUUCUUACACAAUCAACAGUUAUUUUCGUACAUUUAAUUUAGACUUAUAAGAGCUUUUUUGAUAAAAACGUUUAGUUCAGGAAGUUUAUUUCAAUGUACCAUGUUUUCAUAAUUGUUAUCACGUUCUUAUCUUCGACCGGCGUUUUUGAUUAAAGCUCUAGUUAUUGGGAUAAGUUUUAGCCAAGGGAAAGUAAAAUUGGUUCGAGUUAAUGGCAAGUUCGAGUCAACCUAGUUCGAGUCAGCUGAUAGUAAAUUACUGGAUAAGUGCAGUCAAAUACAAAGGAAAUCGGAUCUUGGUUUAGUUAGUGGGAGGUUGGAGUUAAACGGAGCCGUUAAGCAGCGAGGUAAAGAGUCAUCGCUAGCCACAGACACUGAGGUGAAUGGUUGUUUUAGUACAUACUAAAACUGUGAGUUAAUAUAGUGCAAAAAGUAAAUUUAAAUUCAUUUAUUACUGCAACGAUUACAAUAUUUUUGGGCACAUAUCUCAGGCGAGUUGCUCGGAAGUGAAUAGCAAAGGAUAUUCUGAGUUUGAGUAGCCACUCAGAGUGCAUUAGUUUGUUUUUUCCAUUUCCCCGUUCUCCUAUUUCCGAUCAGCUAUAAUAUUUAAUUUUAAACAAAAGUUUCUCGACAACUAACAACGUUCAACACAUCCAUUCCCAAGGUUGUUGACACAAUCGACGGAUCAGUGAAACCAAGAGAAGAUCUCGCUAAGGGUGAAUUUCUUGACUCACUUGGUUCUCACUACGUAAGGAGUGUCACGUAUGGUGUCGAGAUGGUAGCCAGCCUGAAAUUUAAGUCUUCAUCCAAGUCAACCAAGUAUGUCUCGCAGUUAUGUUACAUAUAGAUUCAUAGAAGCAAUUUUUAUUGAUUUAUUUCAAGCAUGACAAAGAUUUUAGAGAUAUUUCCAGAGACUUCCUAUUUAUGGCUACUUUCCAUAUCUUGUCCUUGGCCUGCUUAUUAAAAAUGCAGAAAUUGAAAAAUUCUAACAGCUCCUAUCCUCUUGCAACGUCAGUUUUGGCGCGUACAGAAAGGGAUUCUGUUUAUGAAUUUCGCAGUUUCUUGCAGACUAACAUGUUUUUCAUCAUGAAAAUAUCUCGUCUCAGAAAUGUUCCCCGAUGAUGAGCAUCUUUUCAAUAUGUCGAUGUUAGUGAAAGAUGAUGUAUCCAGUGAAAGACAGAAGCAGGCAUACUUGGAAAAAAUGAACUCCGAGUGCUCCCAAUAGCAGUCGAACGUACGACCUUCCGAACAGUUCAACGGAUGCUUUACCACUGAACGAUAUGAGACUCCUGGCGGAGUAGGCCGUUUAACUAGGUCCAAAGUGACAAACUUCCCGUAUACUGCUAGGAUAGAAAUGUCGAAAGUGAUACUUUUUCGCAAUGAUAAAUCAAGAUGGUCAAUGUUAAGUCCGGUGUUUUAGUAUAAGAUAAUGUGUCCAGUGAAUGUCACCAGCAUUUUCGUAGGAAAAGAACGUCAAUUUUAGCUUUUCACCGAUUGCGACGACAUUACAAUGAAAAAGUUAACAAAAGGAUAACUGAUAAUUAGCUGGUUUUCAACGAUGAGUUGGCAAAGGUAGGGAAAGUGCCGUAACGGAUUUUUUUAACGGCGACGUGUUCAGUUUUACCUCCUUCGUUUAACUUAUACAUAAGUUGAGGAGGUCAAAUUUAACCUCUUCAUGGUGGAGUUAUGUCAAUUAUUUUUCUUAACGUAGGCAGGUUUAUCCUUUAUACGUAUUUAGCAUUAUUUGUAUCUACAUGUAAGCCGUUUUUCCUCAAGCUAAAAAGGCAAGAGUUAUUCUCAAAAAUUUAUUUUUCAUAUCUAGGGAACAAAUCAAAGGAAGUGCUGAAGGACAACUAAACAUUGGAGCCGUCAAUGCAGGGCUUAAAGCUUCAUUAGACAAGCUAUCAGCAGAAUGCAACGAUGUAUCAGAUAUCGCCAUCAAAUAUUACGCCACAGACCUACCAGACAAACUGCCAACCACAAUGGAGGACCUGGUAUUACUGAUCGAGAAAUUCCCUUCUAGACUGAAGAACUUAAAUGAUGGCAAAGGGAUUCCAAUAAGUGUAAGAUUCUCUCCUGAAAAUUUACAUAAUACACAUAAUGAAAUCCGAGAUGUUUUCCGCAUUUUUCUCCCGUUUAUUUAUUUUUCUUGGUUAAUAAUAUCAAAGUAUCAGGCCAAAAAAAUUAUUUUUCCUAUUAUUACAUUGUUGAAAUAUUAUUUUCACAAAACCUGGACGACAUGUUAUCGAUAAUGUAGUCUGACGUUCUGGGUAAGAGUAUUCUUGGAAGAUAACAGUGAUCGGCGUUUCGAUAACCUUAGCUGAAGUCAUCAUCAGAGUCGAGCGAGGACUUAUUUUAAGUAGAGGGUUAUAAGUCCAGUUCAUGUAAACUCAUUGGUCAGUUUCGCUUUUAUGGUACUGGCUGUAAGAUUAAGUAGCUUAUGUCAGUUAUGAUUGGUCAGUUUCGAUCUGUCGGUACCAUUAUGUUGUGUUUAGUUCGUUUGUGGUUUUUUGGUGAAACAACCUUCUCAUGUCUUUGAAAGAACUAAGUGCAGUUGUUUAAGGGUUUUGCGGAUUCUCAGUUAAUAAUGUCACGUGCUUUAGUCGAUGAUGUUCAGCAAUGUGAUUUUUUUUUGUUGCCACCAACGUUUCUUGUGGCUCAUUUCUGUUAAAUCACUCUUGUUUUGAGGUUCCUAUCAUUUCCUAUUUUUCGUCUAGUAUUCUUCGGUCAUUAUGCGUCGGUUGUGAGUUCUCGUCAAUGUUACCUAGCUAGUCGAGAAAAAGAAAUUUUUCCAUGUACUUCGACUUACUUGGUGAACUGAAGGUUGAAGUUUUGUUCGUUGAGGUGGCGAUAGAAUGAAUAUCGUCUUGGUGUUAGGAGGUUAACAUAGCGUAGCCAGAGCAUUAUCUUUUGUUGUAUAGUUGAACAAAAAUUUUAACGUAGGAAUAAAAUGCAAACGAGUUAUUGAACGGUCAAUUGCAACUUACGGUUUGUGUAACAAGACCCUUUGUCUUUCCAGUUCGAACUUGUGCCCAUAAAGAGCAUUUUUCCGACAGCGAAAGUUUACCUGCAACAGCAGGCAUCAGCAUAUGAAAUAGAGAACUUGGAGAGCUGUUUUAAUGAUCUGCAAACCACAAAAGGCCUUGUUAGUAACUUGAUGAGAAGGAACCAGCGACUGGUUGUGCUGUUAUUCCUUACAUUCAAGGUGUUACGGAACCCAUCAAGAUAAUUUUGAAUAGCCACAACGUUAAAGUUCCUCAAAAACCUUUUCAGACUUUAGGGUUUAUUUUUGCUAAACCUAAGGAUCCUGUUACGUGGCUAUUUAUUUUAUUCCGUGCAAUGAUUGUGAUCACGACAUAUAUCGGACAGGCCAAACGAACACGUUUGAAAGAGCAUCAGAAAGCGGUCUUCUUUUGCUAAAAAGAAAAUCCAGCUUUGUCGGAGCACGCAUGCCUAACCAACCAUGCAAUUGAGUGGGAUAAGUCUACAAUUAUUACCACUAAUCGACGUUACUACUGGCGCCUUUGUUUGGAAACCCGGCAUAUCAUCUCCGCAAAAAAAAAUUAUCAAAUUCUAUCCCUUUCCGGUUAGAUGUCUAAAGGACACCUCGUGAAGAGUAGCGACCGACGAAAUAACAUAUUUACGUCAAUCUCAUCAGAAAUUUCCAGAUGAAUUUUAAAGAAAAUUCUCGUACACAAGUAGUUCUGCAAAAAUUUCAGGGAACACACUUUGACCAGCUUUCGCCGCCGAUUGUUUGUUUGCUUGAAUUGAAGGGCUCUCUCUAGCUUUUUCACACAAGGGCAGUCUUGUUCACGAUGAAAUCUCUGCAGAAAAAAAAAACAACAACAAAUUCGAUCCCUUUCCGACGAGAUGUCUAAAAGACACCUCGUGGAAGGGAGCGACUGAUGAAGUAACAUAUUUACUUCAGUCUCAUCUGCAACUUCCUGGGAUGAAUUUCCUUAGAGUCCUGGUCUAUAUUAUUUUAGAUUAAACCGAAAGCUUAGUUUUGAAUAAGCUUUUGCCAGACCGUCUUACUCAACAGUCUUUUAUCAUAAAGGCGAUAGACUGUUCCUAAGAAGGAGAUAUGAUCAUCCAUGAGCUGAAACGAAAAACAAAAGGACCUUUAGGAAUAUUGAGAAAAUCGAUAGCUGGUUGAAGCCAUGACGUCUUGACAGACUAAGACAACAAGCCACUAAACCAACGUGCACCCGACUUUUGUUUCAUAAAUGCGAAGCACAAGUAUCGAGGUUUAUGACAACUGCGCACCUACCCCUCCCCUAACCCAACAUUAGCUAUAGCUUGUUGUUGGUUGACUGUUGUUGGGUUAGGGGAGGGGUAGGUGCAUAGUUGCUCUGAUAAUGAUAUUGAUCCAUUUUUUUAUAAUAUGCUUCUUCUUGACAAUUUUAGUAAUAUAUAAAUUCUCAAAUUUGUCUCCUGGAAAACAUUUGUGGAGCAUUCUAUUGCACCAUAAGAGAUUCUUAAUAAAAGUAAAUGAAGUGGUGUACUCGGGGUGUAGUUACAAAGUUCUUUGCUUAUUUGCAGUUUGAGCUUCAACCGGUGAAUAGCAUUAUUCCAAGUGCAAAAGUGCACAUACAGCAGCAGGCUUUGGCCAGUGAGAUAGAGGAUCUGGAGAGCUGUUUUGAUGACCUUCGAAACACCCAAGCUCUCGCUAUGGCAUACCUCGAAAACAAAGAAGAUGACGACGUUGAAGAAUUUUGCAGUAAGGUUAACAAACUUCAACACAAGUUUAAAGAGGCAAUUAAAACAAUAAACAGCUUGGAUGGGCCUGACAAAAUCAAAGAAUGUACGGAGGCAUACACGAAGGCUCUUGGAGGACGCGAUAUAAAGGGGAAAUUUACCCGUAAAUGGAGGAGGAUACUAAAAAAAGAGGUGAGCAUGAUGAUAAAUAAUGACACUAAUGAUGACAACUAAGUCGCCGAGGACGAAGACGACUAUGACACCAGUAGGCGACGGUGAAGACAGGGGUGAUGACGAUGACGAUUAUGAUGAAAAUGACGAUGAUCGUGAUUGAAAUAAUUGUGAUCAUUCGUAAUGACGACGAAGGCGGCCACGCUGAUGAAAAUAACGAUGGCGAUAGAGGCAAAAGUGCAGAGCGAGCGAUGUUUAAAGUCUGGUAUUCCUUUCUUUCUAUGAGUUUGUUAUGAAAGCUCUUGAAAAUCCAGCACUACAUCAGAUAUCCUUUUACGACCUUAAAAGGGAGUGAGAAGGCUUCGGGCUAUGUCAUAUGGAAUAAAUAAAUGGUUCACUUUUCAUUUGCAAAAUCAUAGGAAAAUGACUGAGGUCAGGACGUUUGGUUUCCUUUUUUCCAGCUUUGAUUUGCAUCGCCUAUGAGUGUAAAAUUUAUCUUGUAGGUUUUUUGUCACCUUUAAAAUUUUGAUGUCCAUUGUUUUGAAACUGUAGUAUUCUUAACUAUAUUUACUUCUAUUUGAAUUCUAACGGGUCUUUCAGUGGGGCGCGGUUAGCUAAACCGACCAAUCAUGUAAAGGAUGUUUUCUUAAUGCAUUUUUGCCUUAACUGGUAAAGAGAUGGUCGUGGUGAGGUUACAACUCAUUUUUAUUCAAUGUGAUUUCUUUCACAGGAACCAGUUGCUACAGUCAAGGUGAGAAUCGUCGUCAAAACUAUAGAAGCUACAAUUACGGUCUCACAAAAUCGAUUCAAUUAACCGAUUAGUGGUUUUGAGAGGGUGGAUCAUGCAAUCUUAGGGGCGGUAAAAGGUGACGGGAGAAGAAGAGGUAGAAAAGAAUCAGUAUUUGAAGUGUUUGAAAUGUCAUUCAAAUUUUUUAAAACCUAUUUGAAAUAAUUUUCGCGACAAAAUUUCAAUAUUUUCCAAGAGUACAAGUUGGUUGAAGACAUUCGCAUUAUGAAUUCAAUCAUAUUAUUUGAAAACCCAAGUAUUCAAUGAGAGUGAAUUUCCAGACUUAAACAGACCACUUGGUUAUGCGCACAGAUAUUUGUCCUUUUUAACACAUUUGAAAAUUAGAUUAGAUUUCUUAGCAGCAGUAGAUUUGGUACACCCUGUCUCCAAAAAACUUCAGUUUACAAUUUCCUAAACUCAGCUGUUUAUUGGUAGAAUUGUUACUCCCUAUUCAAUGCCAAUAGGGAUCCCUCUGUUAAGAUCCCAUCCAGGAGCGGUACAUGCUUGACAGAGAUCUGUCUGUCUUCCUAAUGUUCUUUUUUAUCGUUUAAUGUUUUUUAAAAGCUGCCUUCAGGAGUUCCUCUGACAAUUGUUCUUUUUGGAAAGACUGGGAACGGAAAAAGCGCCACUGGAAACUCAAUCAUUGGAUUUGAAUGUUUCGAAGACAGCCCAAGUGGUUCGUCUGUGACGAAAUUUUGCAAAUCAUUCAAGAGAACAGAUGAAAGAGAGGUGACCGUGAUAGACACCCCGGGAAUCAUGGAUACGGCCCCAGUCUCAGCCAUGGAAAAAGUCAAAGAAAAGGCUAAGAGCGUAACUGGUCUUUACAAUGAGAAACAACAGGAAAUUCUUCGAGAACUCUACAAAGUUUUUGUCAUGUCCCCCGACGGUCUUGAUGCUGUUAUCAUCACUAUUAAGUACGGUGGCAGAUUUGGGCUCGAAGAUGCCGAAGCUUUGAAAAUACUUCAAAAAUUUUUUGGGACUGAAGCCAAACCUUACAUGAUUUUAAUUCUAACACAUGGCGACCAGGCUGCCCGCGACGCAAAGAGAAAGAAGAAGAGCAUUGAAGACCAUUUGAAAUGGUACAUCUCUACCUUGCCAGAUUGGGUCCAACAGUUUAUGAAGGAGAUAGGAGAAAGGAGAAUGCUGUUCGACAACAUGUUGGAUCCUACAGAAAAUCCUGAUGAUUGUAAGAAGCAAGUCUCUAAGUUACUUCAGGUAAAAGUCCAUUUAAGAGCAAAAUCUGUAGGUUUGGUCGUUGUAGGUCAGCAGUUGCAUAGGUGACUAGCCUUUUCGUUGAUUAGUAAUGGUGUAACUUGUCUCUAAAAAAAAGACAAAAGAUAAGCCAUAUCAAAUGAGUAAAAUUUCUUGUAUAGUGAUCGUUCGAAGAAAGCGGUUUGCAUCUGUCAUAGGAGUAUGACAUUGAAUAAGAUAAAAAAGAUAUUUACACAAGGAAAGUGAUGUAUUUUUAUGGUGGAACUUUGAAAGUCUUUUGAUGGUUAACUCUUCUUUGGGUUAACUUUUAUCACUUUUCUUUUCUUUCCUUUUUUCCCAAAUUCAUUUGGUUUUAGGAUUAGCCAUUUUUAUCCCUUUAACUCCUAAGAGAGACUGGCUUCUAAAAUCUCCUCUCAGUAUCUUUCUUGAAUCAAAUGUGUAGGUUACGAGAAUAAGGGAAAAGAUCACCAUUUUAAGAGGCUCCUGAUUACCAAAUAAAUUCUCCUUGUCAGCGCCAUAGUGUAUAAAGGGUUAAGUGGAACAUAAAAACUCAUAGUCUGAGUUUUGGACACUUCGUCAGACAUUUCCUUUCGAGAGACUAAAUUCUCAAAGCCUUAUUUUUGUCCUCCUUUGAUUUCUUUUGUAUGUCGUAGUCUCCAAAAAUAUUCAUCUGACUCAGGGCAUUAAACCUAAGAGGUCACUGCCAAAUUCUUAUAGGUUGCAGUAGUUCCCUAAGUGUGGAAAUUUCGCAAAACCGAAAUUAAAAUCCUGGAGCUCCGCUAGUGAGAUACCAAAUACACCUAGACGCCCUAGUGUAAGCAGUCGAAGGAAAUUGAAUAAAAAAUAUCAGCAUGUUGUUUUUAAAGGUAAUUGAUUACCUUCGGUAAUUGCAGAUAAUCAUUGUUGUGGUCAGUUCGACAUGGCACACGCGAAUUUGUUUGAUGAAGUAUAAUUUCAGACAGUCAAAUGUUCUAAAUACGUUUCCAGAUUUCCUCGAUGUCAUUUGUUUCUUUAUUCGUUGAAGAAAAUGGCAGAAUAAAGCAAAUGCGUUUUACAGUUUCUUGGAGUUUACACAACUUAGAAAACUAUUAACACCCUUAAAUCCCUUUGUGCUUAGAUUUUUUUUCUCUUAAGUUUAUUUGUUUUUCUUAGAUUAUUGACGAGGUGAGGAAGCAAAGAGGGCCUUUAAUACACCGCCUGACCAAGGCGUCCAAACAAGUGCUUGAAGAAGAAAUAAAAAAAGCCAUGGACGAGCAAGGAAUAACGAAGCAGGCAAAAGCUCUUCGUAAAAACGAGGAAGAAAUCAAAAAGCUACUUGAAGACAAAAAAAAAAGUGAGAAAGAGAAACGUGACUUGGAAAAACGCCUCGCUGAACAGAAAGAGAAACAGGCGAAGUUGGACGCUGCAGCGAGAAAGCUGGCUGAUGAGAAAAAACAGUCACAAUUAGACGAUGCUAAAAGUCCAGAAGGAGGAAAAUCAACCAAAGAAGUGGCCAAAAAAGAUGAAGGUGGUAGUCGUGGUGGAUGUUAUCCUGGCUCAGCCAUUAUCUAUGAUUCAAACUUCCGAGCGAGGCGAAUAGAAUCUUUGCAAGUUGGUGACGAAGUCCUGAUCAUUACAAAGAAUGGCAUCCAGUCCGAUCCAGUUAUCACCUUCAUUCACCGUCAGCCAGAAGUUGUGGAAGGAUUUUUAAAAAUUGUCACCGGAAAAGAGAAAAUCCUCCUGAUAACCGCUGACCAUCUUCUUUUUGUGGAAUUAACGGGCCAAGCAACAGCCAUCCCUGCUAGAGAUGUUAAGGUCGGAGACACAGUGUACGUGAGGGGAAGUCAUGGUUCAGAGAAGGAUUUAGUUCGGAGCAUCAGCACUGUCUACGAGAAAGGUGCAUACGCCCCAGUAACCCUGAGCGGCACUAUUCUGGUCAACGAUGUUCACACCUCAUGUUACUUUGAUGUUCUGUCCCAUGAGUGGUCCCACAGAGCCAUGAGCAUUGCUCGCGCUCUGCACUAUGUGUCUCCAUCGAUGGAGCGUAAGAUCAGUGCUGUUGGAGAAAAGGAUGGAUUCCCAGGUUGGUGCAGACUGGCUCACACGAUGUUGACAUUGCUCGACUGAUGAACUAAGAAUUUAACUCUUGUCAUGUCUAGAGACUCUUUUUACUAUAUAUUCUUUGUAAGUGUGAUAUGGAAAGUUAAACAAGUUAGAGGAUAACAAAACCGUCUUCCAUUUUAAUUUCUCACAUUAAGUAGAGUAGCAUUAUUGGGCGAUACAUGAAUAUUAAUCAAUAACAAAGUCGAACGUUACGUAAGUGUUUAAAGCUUUAAAGCAAAACCAAAACCCUAAGUAAUUUUUUUUUAUGUCUAACGUGCGAUGGAAGCUUUGCAAACAUACAGGUUUAAAGAAUGUUUUACCAGAAUUUUGUGAAUGUGGUUGUGUACGCGUCAAAUAGAGACCUCAAUACACUGAUAACUUCUUCGCGUGAGUUAACUUACAGUCAUUAAGUGAUCGAUUCGAAACAAUAGCUAAUUGAACCCAAAGCGGAGUAAAGCUGAUCGCGGUUGACAGUGUUUCCAGUGCAUUGAAUUAAACCAAAAAGGUUAUCAUGCGUUGAAACAUUAACUAAAAAAAAAAAAAGAAAAGAAAACGGGUUGUCAAAAGGUUCUUCGAUAAACAAAUUGUUUUGAACGUAAACUUAGGGUUUUCGUCUUUAAAACGCAACGAACGUAGCGUUUAAUUAGGACCUCUAACUGAGGGAGAGAUUUGAGACUUGCCGGUUUCCUAAUAAAUAUAGGUGUUCCCUCGAUGGAAUAAAAAGUAUCAAAUAGAUAGAUUAUACCAACUUUUUCUUGAGUUGAGUACCAAAGAUUGCUUCACUUAAAGGCAGAUAAACACAAGUUUGUUGCCUGUUUUGUUAUUUUAGUGACUACGCCUUAUUAACCAUUUUUUUAUUGUAAUCCCAGGUUUCCUUAGAUAUUUUUAGACUCAACAAUAAAGUGUAUCAUAAGUAA